AGUGAAUAUAGGUUUAGAAGUUCGAUUACUCUUUGCUAUUUAGUGGCAACUUUGUUGAAUGACCGUGUUUCUGCUGUGAAAGAGAAGAGGCAAUGACUCGCCUGAACGUCGAACAAGUGUUGAAGGACAACAAUGCCUCCGACCCAUCUUCCGUCACCACUCUGCAUCUCACUUACAAAGCUCUUUCCGAUAUAACCUGCUUGGCCAACUUCAUAAAAUUGGAAAAGCUUGACCUGAAGCUCAAUAACCUCACUUCACUUGAGGGAUUGAGAUCAUGUGCUAAUUUGAAGUGGCUAUCGGUUGUAGAAAACAAAUUAGAAAGCUUGGAAGGGAUUCAAGGACUCACUAAGCUCACUGUGCUAAAUGCAGGCAAAAAUAAGCUUAAAUCUAUUGAUCAGGUUGCUUCAGUUGUUAGUCUCCGAGCUCUGAUUUUGAAUGAAAAUAACAUUUCCUCCAUUUGCAAAUUGGAUCAGUUGAAAGAAUUGAACACUCUUGUUCUAUCAAAAAAUCCUAUCCAUAAAAUUGGUGAUGCUCUGCUGAAGGUGAAAUCUAUCACGAAGCUUUCCCUCUCUCAUUGCCAGCUUCAGGGUAUUGACACCUCACUCAAGUCUUGUGUUGAGUUGAGUGAACUCCGCCUUGCUCACAAUGAGAUCAAGUCUCUUCCUGAUGAAUUAAAGUUCAAUUCAAAGCUCCGGAACUUAGAUGUGGGGAAUAAUGUGAUCACGAGGUGGUCCGAAGUAAAGGUGGUCAAACUGCUCACAAAUUUGAGAAAUCUUAAUCUACAAGGAAAUCCUGUUGCUACUGUUGAUAAAAUUACCAGAAAGAUUAAGAAGGCACUGCCAAGACUACAGAUAUUCAAUGCUAGACCAGUCGAUAAAGAUACUGAGAAUAAGCAAAGUGGGGUAGUUGAUGGAACUCCUGAUUUUUCAGUAGAUCAGACAGGUCAAAAUUUGAAAGACAGCACAGAAAAGAGUGCAAGAUUUCAUACAAAAGAUAAAAAAAAGUAUGAUCACCUCGAAGGCCCAGAUGAUCUUGACUCGGAGAGAAAAGAAGGUAAGAAAAGGAAGAAAACUGAUGUAUCGAAGAAGGAAGAGAGGGUGAUUGAUGAGGGAAAUAAAGCUGGUAAAAAGGAUAAGGCAGAUAGAAAGAAAGACAGUCUUAUAGUUACUGUUGAUCCUGACAUGGAGAAUAAAUCAACCAAGAAAAAGGUAAAAAAGGAUGAGAAGGUCUUGGACAACAAGGGUUUUGCUCCUGAGGAGAAUGUUUCCAAGGUUGGAAAGAAGGUGAAGAAGAAACGUAAGAAUGAGGAAGAAAGUGAACUCGACAUUAUUGACAAUGCAGAAGCUUCAUUUGCAGAGCUUUUUAAAAUCAAUCAUGCAGAAAAUGAGAAUCAUGGUGAUGAAAUGAAGGCACAGGAGAAAGUGUCUAAGGAUGUGAAAGUUGCAGGAAGCGCGGUAACCUCAUUUGCCAAACCUAAGAAUGCUAAAAUGCAGAAUAUGGAGUCUCUUUCAUUUCCAGUAGCAGAUAUUGGAAAUGGAGGGCCAUCAACAUGGGGUGAUGAGUGAUGAUAACAUGUUGAUGCAUGAAAACUUGUCUUCAAGAAGUUCAGGAUUAUUUUUCAGACUGACUCUGCUGUCAGAUUUCUCAUUGUUAUGCUUUUAGUUGGUGAUUUUGUUGUUAAUCUGAAUUGCUACCAGUUAAAGAAGUUUUCUUUAUCUGCCAUUACUUUUUAUUCCAAUGAGAAAUUGCUAUUUUAUCUUGCAGAGAAAACUGGCACAGCGUUUCAGCCAGCCCAAUUUAGCCUGUCCCUAUAGCCCGAUAUAAGCGGGCCUGUCCAUGGUGGGCUUGUGACUUGGUCCCC